UUUAACAGAACCUCCUGAUGCCCCGUGAAAUAGCAAAAUCAUUCCUGUUUUUCAGUAACAAUAAAACCUCUCUUCACAACAGCUGUUGCCAGCAGUGCCAGUGCGUCUUGCUGCAGAGGCUGCCGUUGUUGGAUUUGCUAAGCCUUGCCCUGUUGGAGCAAUGGUCGCUAAUUCAAGUCCAUUCCUGGAGGUAAGAGGUUGGUGCGGAUGUGAUCAGCGGUGUUAGAUCCCACUGCAACGUGGAGGUGGAGAUCAGAUGAAUCUGUAAGCGGGCUUGCUGGAGCAGAGGAAGGCUGGAAUCCUGUGAUGGCUACAAAAGCCAAGAAAAGUUUAAGUGGCUCCAUUGAUGAUGUGCUUGGUGACCUCCUGCGAUAUGAUGAUGAAACCCCUGUUAAAUCUGCCAGAGCUCCACAGCUGGCUGGGGGCAGCAGUGGGAGAGCCCGGGGCACCAGCUCGCAGGCCAGCAAGAGGUCCUUUCUAGAUGAUGAUUUCUUCAGCAAACUCCCUGCAGAGGACAUCGAAGCUGCAGAGGGAUCCAGUGCCUCCGACGGAGACCCGCAAGCUCUGCUACAGACCCUGAAGGACAUGGACGACAUGGAAGCUGAUCUUCUGGGAAUAUCAAAACCCAGUUCUGGGCCAGGGAAGACAACUGCAAAAGGUCCUGGGAAAUGUGACUCCUUGGGAGGAGCCGUAAAAACCACAGGGAAGCUUCUAGCUUUUGAGAAAGGAGAUUCUGUACCUGUGGUGGAGAAGCCACCACUCUCAUCCGCCCCUGCUUCCCGACAGUACAAGAAAUUUAACUUUGAAGAUUUAGAUGAUCCUUUGGCAGGGCUUUUAUCUGAUGAGGAGCAGGAUGCUCCCAAGAAGCCAGCUCCAACAGGCACUAAAAGCAGCUCUGAGGAAAAAACAGAACAGAGCAAAGAGAAAGAGACGCCCCUGCACGCUGUGGCCCCAGUCCGGAAGAGAGAGAUGCUCACGUUUGAAGAUGAUGGUGACGACCUGAUGGAUGCACUGGGAUUUGGCAGCGGCCCAAAAGGAGAUGAGAAGCAGGGAAAGAAGGCGGGAGAAGAGGAGCUCCGGCCAGCUCGCUCCAAGCUGGAUGAGUUGCUGGGACGAGGCUCUGUGGCCAAAAUCCUGGAACAGCCAGGCACAGAAGAGCGCAGGGAAUUCAAACUGGAUAAGAAGUACCAAAAGCAGCCAGAGAAGGAAGAGGAUUGGGACAAGGAAGAUUUUGUCUUUGGAGCAUACCAGCCCACAGUGGCCUCCACGUCCGAGGGCCGGCCAUCGAGAAGGCCGUCAGUGAGCAGGUUUUCAGCUGAGAACAGCAGUGAACCAAAACCAGAGCCCCGCUCCAAACCUCCUCCUGCAGCCAGCCAGAGCCCUGUGCGAGGCAGCAGGGCUGGAGGCGACUGGCUGGGCUUGAAAGAUGAGGAUUUUAUGGAUUCGGAGCCUCCAUCUCCAGCAAAGGCCAGUCCUGCAGUCAGCUACCCCAGCCCUGCCACAGAAAGGUGUCCCAGCCCCACCGGCCAGCCCCCGGCUGCGGAGGAGGCAGUGGCUAAACCUGACCCUCCAGAGGAGGAGAACUGGCUGAGCGCUGCCUUGUCUCGCAAGAAAGCCCAAGCACAGGCGAAGGCCCAGGAGAGAAGUGCCAAGCCCUCGGAGGCCCCAGGCGAAGGGCUGGAUCCCUGCUCUCCCGUCAGCCAGCCAGCCGCCUCCACAGGAGCACCGCAGCAGGCAGCUGCCCUGCAGGACAAGGCAGUGAGUGCAGACGGCUCUGGGCAGCCAGGCCCCUGGCUCAGCACCAUGAAACAAGCCUCAGCUCGCCCGUCGGAGGCUGCGAAGGGGGAUCCUUCCAGAGACGCUAGCAGCCUGGAUCCCACAGCCUUGUUCCCAGGAGAGCAGGAGACGCAGGGCCCUGCCCCACUCGCUCAGGUUACCACACCCAGGGCACAUCUCCAGGCUGCCCCACAGCUGCAGGCAGAGUCCCCAGCCCUGGGCUCGCUGCAUGAGAGGAGGCUGGGGGCUCCUGCAGCCCAGCUCUUUGAGGAUGCAUCAGGCUGUCGGGCAGCCCUGCUCAGCACCCAGGCCCGUGUGGCAGAGCUGGAGAGCCAGGUCCGGACGCUGGAGCUGGAGGGGACACAGCACAGGUUGUUGCUGGAGAGUCUCCAGCAGCGACACCAGGAGGACCUGGAUCUCCUCGAGAGCGCCCACAGGAGCCGGGUGAAGGUGGUGGAGGAGACCUACGGGCAGCGGGAGGAGAGGCUACGGCGGGAGAAGGACCAGCUGGCAGCUCAGCUGCUGUCGCAGAGCCGGGAUGUGGAGCAGGCACGGGCAGAGCUGUUGGCCCAGCAUCAACAGCGCCUGGCCGCGCUGGAGCAGCAGAACGCGCUGGAGCUGGAGCGGCUGCGAGAGCUGCAGAGGGCAUCCAUCCAGGAGAUGCGCAAAGACCACGACGAGCAGCUCCAGCGGCUGAAGCGGCUGAAAGACCAGGAGAUCGAUGCAGUGACCAGCGCCACUUCGCACACCAGGUCUCUGAACGGUGUCAUCGAGCAGAUGGAGAAGUUCUCCAGUGACCUGCACGACCUCUCGCACAAGGUGGAGGCCACGCACCACACCACCUCCCAGGAGCUGGCCAUGGGGGCACGGCAGCGGGACAAGCAGCUCAAGGUGCUCCAGGACAGGCUGUCACAGCAGCAGAGGGACAUGGAGGAGGAGAGGAGCAGACUCCAGGAGGUGAUUGCUAAAAUGGAGGCCAGGCUGGGUGAGCAGACUCGGCUGCUGGAGCAGGAGCGAUGGAGGGCAACAGCAGAGCAAUCCAAAGUGGAAUCGCUGCAGCGCUCGCUGGAGGAGCAGCGGCGAGUCACGACCCAGCAGCUCUCCAUGGAGCGAGCAGAGCUGGAGAGGGCAAAGAGCGCUUUGCUGGAGGAGCAGAAGUCAGUGAUGCAGAAGUGCUCGGAGGAGCGACGGAAGCUGGCGGCCGAGUGGGCUGAAUUUCACACCCGGCAGCAGCUGAGCAAGGAGCGGAUGGAGUGGGACAUGGACCGAGCCCUGCAGAUGGACUCUCAGAGAGAGGGCACCAUCAUGAGCCUGGCCAAGGAGCAGGCAGAACUGAAGAUGCGGGGCCGUGAGCUGAAAGCCAAGGAGGAGCAGCUGGUGAGGGACAGAGAGCUGCUGGACAAGGCCUGGCAGGAGCUGAGGUUGGAGAAGGAGAAGGUGAAUGGGGCUGCACUGCGCAUCCGGCAGCAGGAAGAGGAGAUUAAAAGCAUGACUAAGCUCUCAUCCCAGAAGUACGAGGAAGGGGAGCGAGCCCUGCGGGAGGCAUGCAGGAUGGAGUCUGAGCACCAGACCAAGCUGCAGGUCAUGCAGCAGAACCUUGAGCAGCUGAAGCAGCAGGAACAGCGUCUGCACCAGGAGCGGCUGAGCAUGGCUCACCAGAGGAGACAGCUCGAACAGCUACGCGAGGAGCUGCCUAGCAAUCCUGUGAUGCUGCUGACCGCAGACCAGGACCUCAGCGCCCCUACAAAAGGCUUCUCCAGCACACUGUGCUUUUCGCCUCCUGUCCAGGCGCUCCCCUGGCACAGCCUGGGGAGUAGCAGGGAAACUCUGGCCAUGGCCGGCCCCACCGAGCUCUACGCCAAACUGCUGCUGCUGAAACACAGGGCCCAGCAGGACCGUGAUUUCUUAGAGGAUGAACAGUUCUUCCUGGAGACUCUGAAGAAAGCAUCCUACAACACUUCAUCUCUGUCAGACUGAGGAGGUGGCAUC